GCUCAUUUUGCCCCUCCCCUCAACUCAACAAGCGAGCGUGCCAGCCAUCACUACCCAGCUAGACGCAGUCCUCCUCCUUCUCUCUCUCUCUCGAUUCCCCCUUCGGGAGCCGCAGGGCGUGCAAGAAACCUCUCGGGGAUGGUUUGCCGGCUCCUCCUCUUUGCGCUGCUGUUGGUUCGGCGAGUACGAGAGGACGAUGCCGCUUGUAUCGCGCCGCCGCGGUGGCAGACCAAGGUUCGACCGCGACUAGCAGCAGUGGCAACGCGAGGGCACAGCACCUGCAGUAGCAGGCGUACGAGGAUCAGGGUCCGACGUGGUGUGCAGACAUUGAGAAGCGCAGCAGAGAACCGUGCGGCAGAUCCAGCGAAUACCGUAGGAGAACCGUCAUCAUCAUCGUCAUCAUCAUCUACCUCACCGCAAGCGGGCGUGCCAACGAGAAGGCGAACAGAGGGUGUUGGGGUGCGAGAAAUAGAAGAUGGACGCCCUUUGCCGCCUCUCGGUGUCCCAGCAAGAAUAGCCGGUGUCAACCCCGCUCUGGUCCCAUUGCCCUCGCCUCCGACGCGCGCCCCCCGCGUGUAUCUCAACGGUGCCAACCUUCACGUGGGACAGACUGUCCAGCUGACACCGGAGCAAACGCGAUACCUCGUAAGCGUCAUGCGGUUACGAGAUGGUAGCCCGGUGCGCGUGUUCGACGGCGUUAAUGGCGAGUUCUUGGCGGCCGUCGCUACGAGCAGCAGCACCAGCAGCAGCAGCCGUCUUGAGCGAUCUGGCGAGAAGAUCGGCAGCGGACGCGGUGGUAGGAGGGGUAGAGGGAAACGGUCGACAGUCGGGGCAGACAAAGUUGUAGAAUUGCGGGUUGAGUGCCUCACGCGAAGGCAGCCGGGAAUUGGCGGCGGCGGUGACGGUGAGGUGGAGGACGUUGAUGCGCCAGAAAUAGAGCUCGUUUUCGCGCCCAUUCGAAAGCAACGCCUUAAGAUGCUGGUCGAAAAGGCGGUCGAGGUUGGUGCUUCACGGCUUACACCUGUGUUGACCGCUCGCACACAGAAGGGCGCAGUUUCGGAUGCGAGCAUGCUCGACAGACUCGGGGCGGUCACAGCGGUUGAGGCUGCCGAACAAUGCGAGCGCAUGACAGUGCCUCCCGUGGCAAGCCCGGUGACUCUCGCUUCUUAUCUCCGAAGUCUUGAGCUUCGUCAAAGUAGCUGUGACCUAUCAAGUAUCAUUGGAUUAGCGAGAGACCGAGGCGGCGACCUAAGUUUGCCAGAUAUUGUCUUCGUGUGUAAAGAGAGAGACGUGGAUGCGCCACCGCUCCUGGAGGCGCUUGCCGAGUACGAGCAGGCCUUUUCGGAGGAACGUAGGCAGGACCACGUAAACUCUAGCGAUGGCAGUAGAAACGCAAACGCGGCCUUCCUCAUCGGACCGGAGGGAGGUUUUGAUCCCGACGAGAUUGGCGCGUUGGCCCAAUAUCCGUUCGUGCGUUUUGUAUCCCUGGGACGGACGGUGCUGCGAGCUGAGACCGCGGCCGUGUAUGCCCUGAGCUCGUGGAGUGCAUUCUGGGCAAGUCGUUAGCAAGCGUACGUGUAUGUAUCUCGUUUGUCCGAUUGCCGUGUCAGCUAAUGAAGACAUGAUCUGCAGAAGCCUUGAGUCUAAUCAUCUUGCCGUGUUAGUCCAUUCGUCGAUGAAAUUUCACUCUUCUCCUUGUUGAUGCCUUGCAUAACUCGUAGUAUGUUCGAAGGCUUUGCAGUUAGUUGACGGAAUGGGAUGGUUGGGUCGCUGUACGAACCGUCCCCUUAUCGUGCGGGUGUCUUCUGUGCGAGGAGAGGAGGCUCGUCCCGCAUUAAUUGCGAGGUCGUGGCUACGCCAGGGUGCACAGAAGGAUGCGGGGAAGUGCUUCUGCCUUUUCCAGCGGUAUCUGGACUUCGAGUUGCUUGGUGUGUAGUACGUAAUCUCGGUCGGCACACGCUCGGGCUUUUUUGUGUGGACCUUUGAACCGAGCACGGAAAACAACGCCUGUGGCACGGGUAUUGUUUGGAGGCAUUUUGCUGUGUUGUCAAGCACGAUGCACGUCCAGCACCACCCGCAAGACCAGAGCUCCUCGUGCAUCAAUGUAAACCUACAGCAGGGAGCCCCCCGCGUUGUCAUGCGGAAGAUCGUUGUGACACUGACAUGCACAUGUUGACCAGAUGUGGUCGUCGGGUUCGAUUCCUGUCGCCGCCAUCAUCGAUGAUCUCAUGCCCCUCUCCACAGCUAAGAAAGAUGAUCAUGUUUUCCGAUAGUCUUUAGAUUGUUUUUUUGCUUUUUUCGAGAUUGUGUCGGCUGAAGCCCCAAUUGGCAAGUGGGGAAUACGGAAAAUGCCCUUGUAUGGGAUUUAUCAGUAUCGAGGAUAUGAGAAUACCCUUGCUCUGUUACGAGUAAAGGUCCCUGAAGUGGUGAAUAACCGUUCGCGAGCGGAGGUAACUUCGCUCUUGUUGCAAUGUGGCGAGAAUUGCCAAGCGUGGCUGACGUUUGUCGGCCUUGCUAGGUUGGCAGGUGAGAGUGGUGAGCUUCAGGGGCACCCUUACGCCCUCCGGCUGGUCACAGCAGACGGAGGGUCUUUUCGUUAUAAGGAUUUUCACACCUC